AUGUCAUCACCUGCGAAUAAGCAACCUGAAGCACCUACCUCCGGCAGCCAGUCUUCAAACAAUUCACAAGGGCAGAACGAUGGUCAAGGGAAUGUUCCACCACAGCAACCACAGCGGCCGUCUGCAUUUCAAGAUUUACGUGUAUACAUUUCUGAAGACGAAACCUUUACAAAGUUUAAUGAUCCUUCUGUUCCUAAAUGGCACACUUCGAAUAUCCUUUUUGGUGAUUGGGAAGACGAAAGAGAAGUGUCACUUGACAUUCCAACAUCAGAGACAAAAAAUCUUAUUCGUGGUUCUAAUGACGAUGAAAACGAAACUGAUGAAGUAAUAGACGAUGUAGUAUUCUUUGUCUAUCUUUACCAAAGAUGGGCCUACCCUACAGACAAUAAAAGAGCAAAUGAAUAUGGACAGGUUGCCGAAUCAAAUGAAGAUGAGAAAACAGAGA